UCUUGGCUGAUACCCCGUAGUGGGUAGGAGCCAUCGUUUGAAAUCAAGAACAAGAGCAUGUCGAGCAAGAGCAGCGACGUCUCCAUCAGCCAGGAAGACCCCAGCGAAGGCAGCGCGGCCAUCGCGCCGUCGGAGGAAGGUUCCGGCGAAGAGGCCGGUGUCGUCGACGAGUACCUGCGCCAGGUGUUGAGCCUGGACCCCGACGCGAUGGAGCAGCUGUCCGCUCUUGACCAGGAGGGAACCCGAGCGCCCACCAACAGCGUCACCAGCGUCGGGGCACGGACGCCCGACGCUCGUACAGCGUCGGUCGAAACGUUGCGUCCCGGCCUCGAUUCCAACGCCGUGUGGGCCAAGGACCGGUCGCAGCAGGCGACGGCGGAAGUCGACCACAAGGCCACCGACGGCAGCUUUUCGGAGGCGGCGACCAACGAGUGACGGCGCUUCGUUCCUGGCCUCGUGCUACGUUCAAGGACCCCAGCUCGAAGCGUAUUGCCCGCUGAGGUCGAAGCCAGCCACCGCAGGCUCAUGCAUUUGUCUCACCUUGACCUUGAACAUAUGGCUCCUGUUUCCUCUUUCAGAGUUGUGAGCCGUACCAAAGCGCGAACUUGGGUUUGGUUUUUCUCAUCACUUUUACUCCGAACUUUCUCCAAGGCAACUUUCGCUAUAGUCGAUGUUGGGGCUGUAUUCCGCGCUGCAAGGUCAAAAUGUUCCGUGCAUGCGUUCAAGGCGUCUAGUUCGCAAAAAUAAAGAUUGUGCGUUCAAAAGCGCAGACUUGUAA